AUGCAUGGUCAUCGGGUAGAUACAGAACUUGUGACCGAAAAUGUUAGACUUGAGGUCGUUUACGAAUCAAACCCGUCGUUCGCAGGUGAGGGAAUACAGCUACUGAUCAGAUUAAGACACCUGGGUUCAGAGCGAAGGCUCGAGCAGUUGGAAGUAGAAAGGAAUACACUAAAAACUUCAAUUGAAGAGAGAGCGAAAGCAAGAAGUAGUAAUAAUAAGCCAUGGCUAGUAAAGUCUCUUUUAGAUCCAUUUAAUCGCGACGAGAAAGCUGAAGAGGAGCAUGACAAAGAGCUGGAAGAGGAUAUCAACAAAAAGAUGGGUUUUCAUCAAGCGGUAGAUUUGAUGUCAUGCUAUGUUCAAAUCUACGGUGUGUUUCAGUACGAUCCAGAGGUUAUAGAUCGCACCGAACUCAGUAAAGUCAACAAAUUGGCUGGUGUGAGUUCCCUUAGGUCCUCAUACGCGGUUCAUUCUUUAUCAGAAACAGUAGCUGGUUUCUUUUUUACCAGCUUUGAUGAAAUGACAACGGCAGCCGUGAAAGGUAAUGAACCGACCUUGGAAGUUGUCCCAAUAUUAUUGAUCCCACAGACACUGCUUUUUUCGGAAGUGUCCUUGAAGCCGGGCGAAGUGAAGACUUACCAAUUUAAAUCCCCUAAAUUACCUUAUGAUCUACCACCAACGUAUCGAAGCUCGAAACAUAUAAAAAUUCAAUAUUUUGCGAACUUCGGGAUCACAAAUGUCAAAGAUGAUAAGCUCAAGCCAUUCAAUGCUGAUUUCUCUUUGAAUAUUUGCCCAUUCAUUGACGCUCGUGGCUGUCAAUUUACCUCAUCUUUGAACCAGGAUUUGGUCAUACUUCCUCCAGGACGUGUAAAAGAAUAUAAGGACACUUCCAAGAAUCGCAGAAAAUCGGUUGCCUCAGUUAUUCCCCGCAGGAGAAGCUCUUUACUUCCUACAAAUUCCAUCGAAAAUCGACUACGCACUAGCCAACAAGCGAAGGAUAAGUUUAAAGAGUUAGUUUUGGAGCUCAAUUCAACGGACGAGUUUAAAGCUGAUUUAGAAGUUUUGGUAGAUCAGAUCCUCGAUACACAAUUUGGACCCGAAAAGUAUGAAUCUUCCUCCGACGAUGAGGACGAAAGAAAUCCAUCUCAACAAAAUAAUCUUGUGAAAAUGCAGAAACUGGAUCCUAGAGUAAGAAAGGAUAGUAUUGGAUCGGUAAGGCAUAAUAUUAACAAUCUUUCUGGAUCGGUCCCUGCAGCAAUAUAUCUUCCCGCAGAAGAUGCGGAGAAGGAACAUGAACUCAAAGGUCUAAUUCCUCAGAUCAAGAACUGCCAAAAAGAAUACAUUAUCAAUCGCAAUGGACAUUUCAUUUGUAAGGUAAGCUUCUCCAAGUAUUUUUAUGAUAUUUCGGAUGAUAUCGAUUUAGUUGUCGAACUGUGCAAAGAUGAAUCAUACAAGAUAUCUGCUGUUUCUGCAACAUUAGAGUCAUUCGAACUCAUUAACCCAAAAUUCUGCAUUGAUGGAUCAUCUGCAAAAGCAAAGCCAGAGGGAAAUAUACUGUACGAAAAUCGAGCGAUCUGCUUCGACAACAGUUUCUCUAUACCGAUGAAGAUACUACCGCAAAAAUCCCCAAGUAAUCAAAUAACUAGUCAAUUCAGAACUGAUGUAUUUCAGCUCAAAUGGAUGUUGAGAUUUAGAUUUGUAUUGCUGAGUAAGUCUGAAGAGAGCAACUCUUUAGAUAAGUUCUACGAAGAUAAGAAUGGCUCAUUAUCUCAUGCAAAAAAGUAUCUCGAGGGCGAAGAGUUUAUGUGCCAUGUUCCAAUAUCGAUUUUGCCCACGAGUAAAGAUUUUGGUGGCUGGUAA